AAGCAUCGUGGUUUCUAGUUUGGCUGGUUUUCCCUAUUAGUGUUGGCUUUUUAUUCUUGAUUUGCAAGAGCUCUCUGUAUAGGAGCCCUCUCUGACGAUGGCGUUUUGUCCAUUUUCGAUGCGUUGAAAUCCUCACAGGCACACGUCUACGGAGCCCCGGGACCCAGAUGAUGAGCGGCACGUCCUGCUUGGUGCUCAGGUUCUGCAACCCGGCACUCGGCGGAUGCGUGCAGGAGCCGACUGAACCAGGCCUGCGCCAGGAACCCGCAUCCCGCGUGCCAUCGACUUGGGAGCCCUAGCGCUACCCGCAGUACAAAGGAUUAGAACGCGCCCUCCCGCUCACACGCCGCCGGAGCCACGGUUGGAGAACCGUAGAGCCAGCCGGCAGGCGCGGCCGACCGGAGGAAGGACGCCGAGCGCUCGGCAUUCUGGGGCCGGAAGUGGGGCGCACGCUGCAGGCUGGCAGUCAUGGCGGCGGCGCGGAGUCGUAAGCGGCGCCUGGCAGAGUUGACUGUAGACGAGUUUCUGGCCUCGGGCUUUGAUUCUGAGUCCGAAUCCGAGUCUGAAGGAGCCCCCGAAACCGAGACGCAGCCAGCGCGCGGAGCCGCGCGGAGCCCAGACGAGCCAAGCGGGAACCCCUCGGCCAGCCGGCGUAAAGGUUGUGCCUCUGAGCACAAGGACCAGCUUUCUCGGCUGAAGCUCAGAGACCCGGAGUUCUACAAGUUCCUGCAGGAGAACGACCAGAGCUUGCUGAACUUCAGCGAUUCGGACAGCUCUGAGGACGAAUGGCAGCAGCCCCACUCCCUGCCAGAAACGCUGGAGGAAACAAGUGAGGAGGGAGAUGAGGAUGAGGAUGGGGUCUCCAGAGGGCUGAAGGGGAAGAAGAGGGAUUCUGCUCCUGUGACCCUUGCCAUGGUUGAGAGAUGGAAGCAGGCGUCAAAACAGCACCUUACUCCAAGGCUGUUCCAUGAGGUUGUGCAGGCGCUCCGAGCAGCCGUGGCCACCGCCCAAGGGGACCAGGAAGGUGCUGAGGCCAGCAAGUUCCAGGUCACAGACAGUGCUGUGUUCAAUGCCCUGGUCUCCUUCUGCAUCCGAGACCUCCUUGGCUGCCUCCAGAAGCUGCUGUUUGGAAAAGCCCCAAAGGGCAGCAGCAGGGUACAGCAGCCGUCCAGCAGCCCGCUGUGGGGGAAGCUCCGGCUGGAUGUGAAGGCUUACCUGGGCUCCGUCAUACAGCUGGUGGCCUGCGUGGCAGAGACGACAGUCGCAGCAGCCCUCCUCCAGCACGUGGGCAACUCCGUGCCCUACUUCCUGACCUUUCCUAGGCAGUGCCGCAUGCUGCUCAAGAGGAUGGUGACCCUGUGGAGCACAGGCGAGGAGACGCUACGUGUGUUGGCCUUCCUGGUCCUCACCAGAGUGUGCCGGCACAAGAAGGACACCUUCCUGAGCCCUGUCCUCAAGCAAAUGUACAUCACGUAUGUGAGGAAUUGCAAGUUCACCUCCCCCAGCGCCCUGCCCCUCAUCAACUUCAUGCAGCGGACCCUGACCGAGCUGCUGGCCCUGGACACAGGGGUCGCUUACCAGCACGCCUUCCUGUACAUCCGACAGCUUGCCGUGCAUCUGCGCAACGCCAUGACCACCCGCAGGAAGGAGACAUACCAGUCUGUGUACAACUGGCAGUUCGUGCACUGCCUCCGCCUGUGGUGCCACGUCCUCAGCACCGUGUGUCCCAGCGAAGCCCUGCAGCCCUUGAUCUACCCCCUGUCCCAGGUUGUCAUUGGCUGCAUCAAGUUGGUCCCCACCGCCCGCUACUACCCGCUGCGCAUGCACUGCGUUCGCGCCCUGACGCUGCUCUCGGAGCGCACGGGUGUCUUCAUCCCAGUGCUGCCCUUCAUCCUGGAGGUUUUCCAGCAGGUUGACUUCAAUAGGAGGCCCGGACGCAUGAGCUCCAAGCCCAUCAAUUUUGCUGUGGUCCUGAAGUUGUCCAAGGUCAACCUGCAGGAGAAGGCCUACCGGGACGGCCUGCUGGAGCAGCUGUACGACCUCACCCUGGAGUACCUGCACAGCCAGGCCCAUACCAUUGCGUUCCCGGAACUGGCACUGCCCGCUGUUCUACAGCUCAAGUCCUUCCUCCGGGAGUGCAAGGUGGCCAACUACUGCCGGCAGAUGCGCCAGCUGCUGGAGAAGGUGCAGGAGAACGCCGACCACAUUUGCAGCCGGCGCCAGAGGGCCUCCUUCGGUGUGUCCAGCCAGCAGGCAGUGGAUGCCUGGGAAAAGCAGACACGAGAAGAGGGGACUCCACUCACCAAGUACUAUAGCCAGUGGCGGAAACUACGGGACCGAGAGAUCCAGCUGGAGAUCAGCGGCAAAGAACGGCUGGAAGAUCUGGACUUCCCUGAGAUAAAGCGGCAGAAGCUGGGGGACAAGAAGAAUGAGGACAGGGUGGAAUUCAAGGAUCUGUUUGACCUGGACAGUGACGAGGAUGACACCGUGGACUUCUCAGGGAGAGGUACGCCUGGGUCCUCUGGAGCUCAGCAAAGGGCAGAGGACGAGGAUGAGGAUGGCAACAGUAGCAGUGGAGAAGGCAGCCGCUUGGAGGAUGGAGGCCCAGACGCGGAGGCGGGGCUGCUCCCCCUGGAGCUGUGGCUGCUGGCCCAGGGGCCGGAGGAUGAGCUGCAGGAUUUGCAGCUCUCGGAGGAGGACUGAGGCCCCGCGGGCCUGUGGGGGACUGAUUGCUGUGUUCCUGUCUUGCCAGCAGUCGGCCAUGGGCCUGCAGCUUCCUGGCGUGGCCGGCAUUGAGCCCAGAAGCCCUGAGGUCAGCACCGUGCAGGGGGAGGACGGGAGAUGGUGGCGGGGCUUUAUUUUUACAACAAAAUGACCAGAAAGUACCAAGCGCUGUGCUGAUCCCUGAAGUGGUGGCCUUGGGGUCGAAACUUGUAUGUGGAGCCGCCCACCACUGCCCCAGAGUGGCAGGUCCCGAGAGGUCUUUGACCUCUUGCCUGAUGUCAGGACGCCGAAAACCUCCCAGCAGCCCCAGCUUGAGCCAGGAGCACAGCCUGGGCUCGUAUGGCCUUUCGUCUUUGGUGUGCAGAGCCCCCCAGCCGUCUGCGUCGGGUUCCAUAGCCACCCCGAGUCUUUGGAAACACGUUCCUUUCCUCUUAA